AUGGCUGCAUUCAAGAAGCCCCCGCAAGCUCCACCCGUGUUUACUGCUACUCCGCAGUCUGUACUGGAGGACACCAAAUCAAUCCUGGCUAAGUCCAAGAAGCUUACCGACGACAUCGUAGCGCAGGUCUCCGACAAAGACGCUACCUUCAAGAACGUGCUCCUACCUAUGGCUCGUGAUGAUGACCAGCAGACUUUGUCGACCCAUAUUCUAGGUUUCUACCAAUCCGUUUCCACCGACCAAGAACUGCGGGACGCUUCCACCGAGGCUGAGAAACUCAUGGAUGAUGCAUAUAUCGAGGCUAGCAUGCGUGAGGAUGUUUUCAAGCUCGUGGAUGCCGUACUUAAGAAAGGCGACCCGUUGGACCCCGAGUCGAAACGAUUCCUGGAGAAAGAUCACAAAGGUUAUGUCCGCAAUGGCCUGAAUAUUCCCGCAGGACCCAAGCGCGACCGCUUCAAGGAGAUCAAGAAGAGGCUGUCUGAGCUGUCGAUUGCUUUCUCCAAGAACCUGAACGAGGAGAAAGGAGGGAAUUGGUUGAGCAAGGAAGAGCUAGACGGUCUUCCGAGUGAUGUGCUGUCAACCCUGAAGGAAAAGGAUGGCAAGUACUUUCUAAGCUACAAGUACCCAGAUCUGUUCCCAGCUCUGAAGUACGUCCAGAACCCUGAAGUGCGCAAGAAGAUAUUCAUCGGCAACGAGAACAAGUGCAACCAGAAUGUGCCUCUUUUCCAAGAGGCAAUUGUUCUCCGAGAUGAGGCUGCCCGACUGCUGGGCUAUCCCAACCACGCUGCUUUCAGGAUUGAAGAUAAGAUGGCAAAAACGACCAAGACGGUCGAUGAUUUCCUGGCUGAUUUGCGCAAGAGGUUGGCUCAGGGUGGCCUUGAUGAAAUCGAGGUGCUGAAGAAGAUGAAGAAAGAGGAUGUUGAGUCACGGGACGAGAAAUUUGAUGACCACUACUUUCUGUGGGAUCAUCGCUUCUACGAUCGUCUCAUGGAGGAGAAGGAUUAUCAGCUAGACCAGCAACUCAUCUCCGAAUACUUCCCGUUGCAGACAUCGAUCCGAGGUAUGCUAGAGAUCUUCGAACACCUGUUUGGUCUGUCGUUUGUGGAGGUGGUUGGUGAGGACCGUGACGCCAUCUCGCCGUCCGGAAAGGGAGACGACAUCGUUUGGCACCCCGAGGUACAGGUCUUCAGCGUGUGGGACGACGAAGGUGAGGGAAGCGGCUUCGUUGGCUACCUCUAUCUCGAUCUGUUUCCGCGUGACGGCAAAUAUGGACACGCAGCCAACUUCAACCUUCAGCCCGGCUUCAUCACCGAGAACGGUACUCGACGCUACCCUGCAACCGCACUGGUUUGCAAUUUCUCUAAGCCAACCGCGCAGAAGCCUAGCCUUCUUAAGCACGACGAAGUGACAACUCUGUUCCAUGAGUUAGGCCACGGUAUUCACGAUCUCGUCUCGCGGACAACUUACUCUCGUUUCCACGGCACUAAUACUGUUCGAGACUUCGUCGAGGCCCCGUCACAAAUGCUCGAGAAUUGGUGUUGGACGCCGUCCCAGCUAAAAGCUCUCAGCAAACACUACUCCGCUCUUUCGCCCGAGUACUACAAAUCAUGGAAGGAGGCAUCAUCAAAUCAUACUGAAAAGCCGGAAGAGCGCCUACCAGAUGACCUCAUUGAGAAGUUGAUCAAGACCAAGAACAUGAACGGUGCUCUAUUCAACCUCCGACAACUCCACUUCGGUACCUUUGACAUGGCCAUACACGAGCCGAAGGACCACGCCACUAUUGAGAAGAUGGACAUGACCGAUCUGUACAACAGCUUGCGUCACGAUAUCAGCAAGAUUGAGGGCCCUGAGGCCUUGGGUGAUGGCAAUAAAUGGGGCAACGGUCAAGCUACCUUCGGACAUCUGAUGGGUGGCUAUGAUGCUGGCUAUUACGGCUAUCUCUCCUCUCAAGUCUACUCCACCGACAUGUUCUACUCUGUCUUCAAGAAGGACCCUAUGGACCCCAAGGAAGGCCGACGGUACCGAUACACUGUGCUGGAGAAAGGCGGCAGCCAGGAUGAGAUGGAGACGUUGAAGAAUUUCCUCGGCCGCGAGCCUGACACCAAGGCUUUCUACGAUGACUUGGGCCUGAACUAA